UUGGGUGACAUAUUAGGUGACCUUUUCAACCUCCUUCCUCAUGUGACCCUUGUAUGACCGAUGAUCAGCGAAAAAACAUCUCAGAUCCUGCCAUAAUUCCACUGUGUUGUGUUCAUCCAUCUAUCUAUCAGAUAGGUCUUUUAAGAAUGGCAUCGUGGGCGUCAAUCGCGGUCCUGCUGUCAAUCUCAGUCUUCCUGGCUCCUACCUCCGAUGGCAAGUACCAACCAAACUGGGACUCACUCGAUACUAGGCCCCUCCCGGACUGGUAUGACCGCGCAAAAUUCGGCAUUAUUAUGCACUGGGGCGUGUAUUCUGUGCCAAGUUUUGGAGUGGCAGCGGAAUGGUUUUGGAACUACUGGAAAAGUGGAUCACCGCAAUAUGUGGACUUCAUGAAACAGAAUUAUCCUCCAGGUUUCUCCUACGCUGACUUUGCUCCGAUGUUCAAGGCUGAGUUCUUCGAUCCGGACAUCUGGGCGAGUCUGAUUUCUAUGUCGGGGGCAAAGUACUUUGUGAUAACCAGUAAGCACCACGAGGGCUGGACAAACUGGAGGUCAAAUGUUUCCUGGAACUGGAACUCUGUGGAUAACGGCCCACACAGAGAUCUGAUUGGUGAUCUUGCUGAUUCGAUCCGCGCUAGUGGUGACGUGAAGUUUGGUUUGUAUUUCUCUCAUUUUGAGUGGUUCAACCCAAUCUACUUGACGGACCAAGCAAAUAACUACAACACAGACACAUAUUCGCAGGAAAUAUCCCAACCACAGCUGCACGAUCUGGUUACCAAAUACAAACCAGAGUACAUCUUCUCGGACGGGGAUGUCGGACCGGACACUUACUGGAAAAGUACGGAUUUCCUGGCAUGGCUCUUUAACCAGAGUCCUGUCAAAGAUACUGUUGUCGUAAAUGACCGGUGGGGGUCUGGGACUUGGUGUAAGCACGGCAGUGUCUGGACUUGUAGCGACCGCUAUAACCCUGGCAAACUUGUUAACCACAAAUGGGAGAAUGCUAUGACCGUGGACAAGAUGUCUUGGGGAUUUCGACGGAACUCAGACAUCUACUCCUACAUGAGCAUCGAGGAGAUUAUCGCGCAGCUAGUCUCUACUGUCAGCUGUGGCGGUAAUUUGCUGAUGAAUGUCGGACCUACCGCGGAUGGUCGCAUUUUACCCGUGUUUCAAGAACGCCUCAUCCAAAUAGGCCAGUGGCUAGGCGUAAACGGCGAAGCUAUCUACGACACAACGCCGUGGAGAGUACAAAACAGUUCUACAGAUAACGUCUGGUACACCGCCAAGCGAGCUGACAUCUACGCAACAAUCCUCGCUGUACCUGACCCCGGGCAUGUGACUUUAAGUGAGCCAAUCCCAGCGCAGAACACCGUUGUGACCUUACUUGGUUACAAAGACAACCUACAGUGGUCGCGAGGUCCUGGAAACAAGGGUGUUGUCAUAACGAUGCCCUUCAUCCCGUCGGCAAAGAAGCCCUUGUGGGCGUGGUCCUUCAAGAUUACUAAUGUGAAAUAAACGCUAAUGCUUGUG